UCGAUCUGCCACUCUCCCUCGCCAUAAUUGAAAGGGGAAAGAUCUCGGAUCGUCGGAGUAGUAGGUGCCAUUUGACCACCACCAGCACCACCACGAUCUCUAGAUUCCGGCGAGAUGAACGAUCUGAUGACAGAUUCGUUCGUCGGCGCCGCUGGGGCGGCGCAGGCGCAGCAAGGCGGCGGAUCCGCCUCCGCCGCCGCCGCCAGCGGCGACCACGGCGCGGAGAAGCUGCAGGCGUUCCUGGCGGAGGCGGAGGCGGCCAAGAACGAGAUGGCGGCGCUGCGGGACGAGCUCUCCCAGCUCCAAUCCGCGCACGAGGCGUCCAAGUCCCUCUUCCGCCCCGGCUCGUCGCGAGCCGCCACGCAGGCCGCGCUCGUCCGCCUCCUCGGCUCCGCCCGCCGCCUCCGCACGCGCCUGGCGUCCAUGGACCGCCGCGCGCCGGCCCCCGCCGCGCAGGCCACCGCGGGGCUCCGCGGGCGCCUCCAGGACCUCACCGCCGGUGUCCAGACGCUCCGGCGCCAGGUCUCGUCCGACCGCCGCGGGGACGCGGCCCGCCGGUACCUCGCCGUGGCCGGCGAGGCCCCCACCGAGGAGCAGCUGGACCGUCUCGUCGCCAGCGGCGGAGCGGGGGGCGCCGACGUGGACGAGGCGAUGCGGGCCGCCAUGCUGUCGUCCUCGGAGGCCGCGGAGGUGGAGGGCGGCCUCCUGGAGGUGCAGCAGCUGUUCCUCGACAUGGCCGCGCUGGUGGAGUCCCAGGGCCCGCGGCUGGAUGACAUCGAGGGGCAAGUCGCGGCGGCGGCGCAGGACGUGGGCGCCGCCGAGGGCGAGCUGCUGGACGCCCGGCAGAUGCAACUCGCGGCAAGGCGGAGGAAGAUGUGGCUGGGUGCGGGGAUCGCCGUGUUUCUGCUCGUCGUCCUCGCCGUGGCGGCCGUCAUGGUGGCUCUCGCUCUGGCGCGGCAAAACGGCGGCAGUGUGCAGCUCGCCGGUGCCGGCCUGUCUGACUUGAUGGAUUUACCUCUGUAGGUGUGUUUGGUUUUCAUGGGUAGUGGCUUGUGAGUCCGUUUGUGAGGCGGGAUGGCGCCAUUGCGUGCCAAGAACUUGUUUGUUGCGGUAACUCGUUGGUGAAGUUGCAGAGUGGGUGCUCAAUGCCGCCAUUGCGUGCGAAGAAUUGUUUGCGACCAAUGACGAC